AGGAAUAAGCAACAUUAGGUUUUAACCACAGAAUUUAAAUUUCAUCAUGGGUGCAAAUUAAAGUUGUUAAGCUGAUCAACAGGCGCCAUUAAGUUGAAUUCUAGUUGGGGGAAAAGUGCAAGAGCAAACACUAACCGGAAUAGGGUCGUCGACAACACACGUUUAUUUGGCGCGAAAAACGCAAAAGUCGUAGACAAAUAGAUUCGGAAACGGAGGACAGACCAUGCCAGAAACGAUAAUUGCCGGCAUUCCGGUGCAGUUUCCCUUCGAGCCAUAUGAGGUGCAGCGUGCCUAUAUGGAGAAGGUGAUAAUUUGCCUGCGUGAUGGUACAAAUGGCGUUCUGGAGUCGCCUACCGGCACCGGCAAGACUUUGAGUCUCCUCUGCUCUUCGCUGGCGUGGAUAAGAACACGCCAAUCGGAUAUGCAACAGCAAAUGACAAAAAUGAAGGAGUCACAAAGGGGACAGUUUCCUGAGGACAUGCAGGCACCCGGCCUGGGCGCCAUUAACAAGGUAAACAAUUGGGGUGUUCCCAGAAUCAUCUACGCCUCACGCACGCACUCCCAACUCACGCAAGCCAUGCGUGAAUUGAAGCGCACAGCAUAUGCCAAUAUGCGAUCUGUGGUACUUGGGUCCCGUGACCAGCUCUGCAUUCAUCCGGAGGUUAUGAAGGAGCAGGGAAAUUCAAAUAAGGUCAGCAUGUGUAAAUUGCGAGUGCAAUCCAAGACGUGCUCGUUUCAUCUACGCGUGGAAUCGAAGAAAGAUCAUCCAGACUUCUGCGGCCCCAGCAUUAUGGACAUUGAAGAUUUGGUUAAGGUAGGCCAAAGCCUCAAGAUGUGCCCAUACUUUGCUUCCAAGGAGCUGGUCGGCCAGGCGGACAUCACGUUUAUGCCAUACAAUUAUCUGCUAGAUCCAAAAGCUCGAAAGGCCAACAAAGUGGAGCUAGGCAACACAAUCGUCAUACUGGACGAGGCACAUAACAUUGAGAAAAUCUGUGAGGAGUCAGCAUCGGUACAGAUACGGUCCUCAGAUGUGGCUCUGGCCAUUGAGGAUGUAACGCACAUUAUGAAACUAUUCAGCAGUAGCGAUUCUCAAGAAUCUUCCGGAGGCGAUGAGCCAAAAGACUUCAGUAUGGAUGACUUGGCGCUGCUCAAAGAGAUGCUCUUCGAUCUGGAGCAAGCUAUCGAUGCUGUGCAAGUGGAGAAUAGACAAGAGGGCACCACCUAUCCGGCAAACUACAUUUACACACUGCUGGGCAAAGCCAAUUUCACACACUCGAAUUGUGCAACGAUCGUGUCGCUACUGGAUAAGCUGGUGCAGUACCUCAUGGUGGCUUCGCAGAAUACGAUGCUGCGUAAGGGUGGAAGUUUUAUGGUGCUCAGCGAUCUCUUAAACAUUGUGUUUGCGAAUAAGGAGGAUGUCAUGGCGAAGGUGUAUCGUAGCUUUAAGGUGCACGUAGUUCUCGAAGAAACUAAACAGACCACAACACGGGAGACGGCCACCAACAAACAAGGAUGGCUGGGGAAGGGUAACACAACAACGACUACGAAGAUGGCCAAAGUUAUUAACUUCUGGUGCUUCAAUCCAGGCUUUGGCAUGGAACAACUGCUCAAUACGCAGGUUCGCAGCGUCAUACUCACCAGUGGUACAUUGGCGCCACUGAAGCCGCUCAUUGCUGAGCUGGCCAUACCCGUUGCACACUACCUAGAGAAUCCACACAUUGUUAACCAGUCACAGGUGUAUGUGAAGAUCAUCGGCACAGGACCUGAUCGCGAGCAACUAAUAUCGAACUACAAGAAUCGUGAUAAUCCGAAAUACAUACGCUCUCUGGGUCAGACGGUUCUCAACGUAUCACGGAUCGUGCCUGAUGGUUUGCUUGUGUUCUUUCCCUCCUACCCUAUGUUGAAUCAAUGCGUUGAUUCGUGGCAGGCAAGCGGUCUCUGGGGCGAUAUUUCCCGGCAUAAGCCAAUUUUUCUAGAGCCACGCGGCAAAGACCAGUUUCUUAGCACCAUGGAGGAGUUCUAUCAAGCGAUACGCGACUCAAGGGGUGCCUGUUUUAUGGCCGUAUGUCGCGGCAAAGUGUCGGAGGGUCUUGAUUUUGCCGAUCGCAAUGGACGUGCCGUCAUCAUAACUGGCCUGCCAUUUCCCCCACUAAAGGAUCCCAAAGUGAUACUAAAGAAGCGCUAUCUGGAAGACAAUCGCACCAGAGAGAACCAAUUGCUUAGCGGCCAGGAAUGGUACAAUUUGGACGCGACACGCGCCGUCAAUCAGGCCAUCGGCCGUGUGAUACGUCAUCGUAACGACUACGGCGCAAUUCUACUUUGUGAUUCUCGAUUCCAAGAUAACUCUCAGGUGCAACAGUUGUCCAAAUGGAUACGCGGACAUUUGGGUGCCCAACCACGUAGUUCGGCCUUCGGACCAGUUGUGCGCGAGCUCAUUCAAUUCUUUAGAAACGCCAAAGCGACGAUGGCACAGCCUGAUGAGCGCGAUAUUGAACCACUGCCUGCGAUCAAGACUAAAGAAGAACCACUGCCACGAAUUACUCAAAUAAAACAAGAGCCGGACUCAUUGCAUAGCAAAAGGACUGAUGUCGGACAGAAACAUAGCAUGUAUGUCGAGAUGGCCAAUUCAAUCAAGUCUUGGACACCCGAAGACUAUGCGAAUGCGGCGGGCAAACCAAGCAAUCAACCUGCGCCCAAUGCCAUGGAUUUUAUGAGUCGCCUCGAGUCCAACGUUUCGAGCAUAGACUUUAACUGUACGGAAAACGCAGGCAGUGGUUUAGUAAAAAUACACAAACGUGAGCGCAGUUCGCCAACAACAAGCGAGUCGAAUACUCUUCAAGCGGUUAACAAAAAGCGCUAUAAACUCGUGGAUUACUCUGCGAGCACUUCUAGCACUAGCAGUUGUAGCAGUACCUCCCAAUCAGUGACUGAAAAGCAAGCACCCGAGAACCGUGCCGAUUUUCUUCGUGUGGUGCGAAGUGUGGUCAGCCAUGAACAAUUCCAAAGCUUUGGCAAAGCAAUUUUGGCCUACAAGAGUGGCAGUGGCAGCGAAAGUUUUGAUGCGCUGAUGGACAAACUUUUGGAUAUAUUGGGAGCGCCAAAGCUGCGUUACCUGUUGCAGGGGAUGCGACGCUUCCUAAAGAGCGAACAUCAGCUGGAGUUUGACGCAAGAAUGGCCAGCUUGAAAGACACAUAGAGAAUUAUGUU